AUGUCCACUACUUCUGAGGACUUCGCCGCCACGCUGAGGGCCGCCGCUCUGAUGACCCUCAAAUCCAAGAGGCGCAAGCCUACUGUCGUGAAGGCCGAGCCGGUUUCUAUCCGCUCGCUUGCUGAACCGCCAUCGAUAGAGCUGGACUAUGGUCAAGAAGAGCCGACGGGCACAUCCUCUAUCGCCUCGUCCCCCGUCAUCCCGCCCGCCACAGCUGUGGCGCAUGCCCGGUCGGCUUCGAGGGCUAUGGAUGUCGAUGAAGGCGCAUACAGAGAAGAGGGCGAGAUAAGUGAUUCGGAGAUGGCUUCUGCAAUGCCUCAAACGAAGGUCGAACCCCAAUCUCCCGUUCUUCACAAGGCCAGUCCGGUCGUUCUUCAGACGCAAGUCGAGCCGCGCGAGCCUGUCGCAUUACCUACCGCAAAUAUGGCCGCUGCUCCUCUUCUUCUCCCUCAUGAAAUCUUUGCGAUACCCCAAGCUCCGGCGCUUGUUGAUGAGAAUCACGCCAGGCCCGGUCUCGCUAUGACGCAAGCCCAGUAUGAAGCUGCGAAGGACAUUGUGCUUGAUCUUCUUGGCUGGGGCGUGCCUCCCGAAUACCUCGUCAGCUGUGGUCUCAGCCGCGAGAUCGUGUUCUAUGUCUUCGUCGAGUUGAACCUGCGACUCCCAUCCAACCUUGAUACCACUGGUCUACCUAUUGUACCGGUACCGCCAUCGGCAUCCUUGCCAGAGCCAGUCUCCGCCGCCGAUGUCUCUCGGACAAAUAUCUCCCACCCAAGCCUCCCUCCGAAACCACAACCUCCAACGGAGAUGCAAUCUAUCGACCUCAACGCUUCUCAUACGCUCUCUGCCGAGGCCCCUCCCUUUGUCUCUUCUGCAUCUGAAUCUGCUAUCACAUCUGUAGCAUCAUCAUCAGGGACCAACCUUCACGACAUGGAGCAGCAACGCCGGCAAGAGCUCUUGGCGCGUAAAGCGGUACUCGCGUCUCGGAAAUCCAAGAAGAAGGCCAUGCCCUCGGCGGUUACCGCCUCGCCGUUCGAUGGUGGCUCGAAUUCCAAGGCCAGCUCACUUGUGCCGACGAAGAUGGUGGAUGACUUUCUUCAAAGUAUCGAGCCAGUCGCACUAGCCGGUUCCAGCAGCCUCUCAACUGGGUCCGUACCCCCUUCGACAUUGCCUGCUCGCCCUCAUAGCAUGUACGACAUGGACGUCGACGACGUUCCUGGUUUGACCACUGGGGCCGGCUUGAUAACGGAGUACACACCACUUUCGCGCCCUCCGCCUACCAGCUCCGUCUCUGUCUUCAAUCCAAUAUCCCCUCGUUCUCCUGCAGUUCUAGAGUCUGCCAUUCCUUCUACCUCAGAAUUUGCCUCAAACCCUCCGUCAUCAACGGCGACUACGAACAGCUUCAACACCACGCCCCUGUCUUACGGCGGCGGCGAUGACGACAUGGAUGCCAUUCCAGGCCUUUUCCAACCCCAUACCUUCGCCGGGGAUGACAAGCCACUCAACUCUCGACGGGGAACCAAGCGACCUGUGGCUGCCGACUUCGUCGACCUGGAACCUGGACCCUCUAAACUAGCGAAAGGCAUCCCGGACUUCUUCCGUGCCAACAUCCGUCGCAAGACCGCCGGUUUUGCGGGGCUGACGCAGAGACGAUGCGUCAUCGAUCUGAGCGACAGUGAGGGUGACGACAACGAAAGUACAGGACCCGGUGGGUUCCCUCAGUGGACCGACCCCCGUGCCUCCCAGGUAGUCACCCCUCAGGCUACUGCUGCGCCGACGCCCAGGAUUCGUUCCCCCAUCAUCACAUCUUCUAUCGCGCCCUCAGUUCUCCAAGAGAAGGAAGAGGCCAUUCGACGGAUGCGCGAGCUGAUUGCUCAACGGGAAGAGAGCCGCAAGAAGAAGAUCGAAGUACCCUCGCGGUCUACUCCGUCGUCAUCCAGCACACCAACAAAUGGCACUGUGGUGAUUAAGCAAGAGGAUGAUGAAUUUGCCGGUAUCCGCUCGUUCGAUCCUUCCCGAAGUUCAUCGUCAUCGACGCCUGACCGUACAUCCAAUGGUCGGCCGUACGAUUCUCAAGACGAGCAGUCGGUUCUCGCUACUCUUCUACCUCAUGAUGAACCAAAACGGUACAAUCUCGCUCCCUGGUUCAACCUCGACAAGCAAUGCCACGACUCCGAUUGGUCCUCAUCUCUUCGCAACGUGCUCCACGGCCUGGCCUGA